AGUGGAUGGCAAAAGGAUUUCGCGCGAUUGCUGCAAAAUUGAAUCUUCGCCGCGAGGAAAACAUAAACAAACUCUGAAAUCCAAAACUUCCUCGCUUUCAGAUGUCGUUUUAUCGUUUUACUGUAUAACCCAUCCUUCAAGAUAAGGCAGAGGACUCACCAUGUCAUAGUUGGCAAACUGGACUUGCUGUUGAUAAAUGUAAAAAUUGAAAUUAGAAAAUGGUUAACGUGAGAGCACUCCCUUCGGAUCUUGCACGACUUGUGCUGGAUUACCUGUAUUCCGAGGGUCUUCAGGAGACGUAUGAUGUAUUCUUACAGGAGAGCCCCCAUCUGGAAGAGAUGAGGAACUUCCCUGCCAUGGGUAUACUGCCUCUUGGAGCAAAGAGUUUACAAGUGAUCGUUGAAGAGUAUUAUGAAUUGAUGUCCCAAGAUACAAGUAAAGUGAAGAAUGCCAAUGAUGCCCUUUACAAGCUUUGGAAGAGAUUUGAUUCUCUCCUGGUACAGAUCAAACAUCACUACAAAGGAAGUGGGAACAUCACUAUGCUGUCAAGUGAACUUGCAAGUCAGUCAGUGAGAAGUCGCUACAGCCUCAAUCGACUCCAUCACGAGCGCAUGCAACUUGAGCGAGAAAAUGCCCUACGCCAUGUGAAUUCCAUUGGUCCUGUACCCCAGCAACAUCUACAAAGCCUCCAGCAACAACAGCAGCAACUCCACCCCUUUCUCCAAACAAAGCAAAAACGGGAGCCAAGCAACUCUCCUUUCCGUCGGCCAUUCCGUCAUGAUAUCGAGCCGGACACCCAGCCGCAGAUGGUGCAUUCGCCGUUCCCGGACAAUGGAGGGGGCCGUGAGGGGUCAAGCAGGUGUUCCACGCCCCGGUCAAGGUCACCGAUGGUGCAGGAGGCGCUGUCCACUUCUCCUUCACAGAGCGUCACAAGUACCCAAACCCAGUUUGUGACCCCUACUAAAACACAACAGGACGGCAGACAUGUGGGAGGCGAGAAGGUCGUUGGAAAGUCACCGAAGAGGAAAAGUGCACCACCCAGACGCAAGGCCCACACAGGAGCUUCCCUGGAGAGGGUUAUCACUAGCGCCCCUUCUACCAGUGGAGGGGUAACCCCUGGGGAGGAGAUACCAGACCUCCCGUCCCCCUGGGGGUCACUCUGUAAUAAUCAGGAGCUUGUUGAGAAGCUGGCAGAGAACAUCAACAAGGUCUUACCAAUACAGGAAGUGAACUGUCAAGAGGAAUCCCCCGGUCACUCCAUACAUCAAGACCAGGCCAACAUCAGCCAAGGAACAGAGGAAAGUCAACAGUCUGGAAGCAACAGCCAGGUCCUGGACGACCUCCUCAGCGGGACCGUCUCCGACUCCAUGAUGGACGAGUUUGUCGACAUGACGAGCGGCGAUCCCACCUUCAACUCUCUCUUUGCGCUCUUCAACACCGACAGGGAUAAGUUCUUGAACAGCGAGAGGAAGAAACUUCAGCUCAGUGCUACCGAGAUGGAUGAUGAUCUUAACUCCUCAAGAGAAUGCAUUGUUGAAUCAUCUGUACAGCAAGCGCCAUCUCUACCUCCAAGUCAGACUAACCAGCAACAGUCCUUGAUACCCUCAUCCUCACAAGCAAGUACUGUAACCAUCAUCAGCCAAGGAAGAACUGGAGUCACACAGGCCACUGGGACAUCAACAGGUCAUUCUCCAGAGGUCGUAGGUCAAAGUAACAUUUCCUCCACCGAUCAAGAACAGGUAUUCUUAAGUGAAGAACUUGAGAGACUAUCUUCAAGGGGACAGGAUAUGUUUCCCAAUAUGGUGGUAAGAAGUAGUCCGUCAGCAGGAGAUGCUGCAUCCUCAUCAACAGCACCCCAGAGGAUGAACUCUGAAAGUGCAGGUGGUACUGGAGGGAAGCCUUCUAAAGGCAAAUCCUCAAGCAUGACAUUGACUUCACUUCUAGACUAUUAUCCCAAAGGUCAUGUCAGAGCGCUAACAUAUGUCCAGAGCACCACUCCUACCAAAGAACAAAAAGACAAGUCCCAAAUGAAAACCGAUGUGGCUUCAACAUCACAGGAAACAACUUCGAGAAGGAAAGUGACAAAGAAAGCAUCGCAGUCUCCUCGAAUGCAGCGCCAAAAUGAAACAACGCCAUCCAAGAGAUCAGUUCCCCGAAGUGCAGAGAGGCUUUACUCUCCAGAGGAAAAAGCAGUGGCUCGGUUGCUGACCAAAUUACCAACAACUCCUUCAAAAGACAGUUCAGUCACGACACAGUCAGUUGUCAUUGAUGGCAAGAAUGUGGUGGUCUUGAAACACUCAAGAAGAGCUGGUACUGGCCUCCAACCACUGAGUAGCAGUUCUCCAGCAAAGAGAACAGAGAGAAGAAAUAUAGAGCAAGUUGCCACCAUUCCUGCAGUUGGUCAGGUCAAUGGUGUUCAGUUGAGUGACCUUCCAGGACAGUCGAAAAGUGGACAACCACCUGAGAGUAACAGAAGUGGGAAGGUGCCUACACCAGCCUCUCGACCCCAUGAUGAUGAGCGUCAGCCAAACAUCUCUGAGGAAGGGGUUAAGACAGAUGGUGUUCCUCAGGACAAAGCAACCAAAUCCGCUAAAAAGGGUACCAAACGGGAGAGGAAAGAUGCUGACAAGACAAAAGUUGCCAAGAAGACCAAGCGUAGCAAGUCUAAGACGAACAAAGACCUUGGAUUCCCCGUCAAUCUGGAUGUGGAUAAAUUCCUAUCUCAAAUUAACUAUACCAGCUGACCUCUCAAACAAUGACCAGGGAACAUUUCACAAAGUGACUUUGUAAUGCAACAUACGAUAUGACUCUUUCAUAAUCCAGUUGUAUGCAGUACUGAACACACCAUAUUGGUCAGAAUAUGCUGAGUUGAUAUACACGACUGCUCAUCACCAAUAAAACUAGGUGUCACUGGCAUACCCAAGGUAAAGGAUAUAGUCCCCCAGCUCACAGAAUAUUGAUAAGCCUUU